GAGAGAGGGAAAGAGGGAAAGAGAGAGUGGUGGACAGAUUGCAGAUGUAGCCGGACAGAAGAGAGCCCCUGUCACGGUCCCCUUGUUUGAAUAUCACAGAUCAAUGCUUCAGGACUUUGCCCCUGGACACCACAUGACUGCUCGACAAAAUUAGGAAAGGACUUCUGGACGACGCCUAUAUGAUGACAGAUUAAAAGCCCAUUCCUGUGUCCGUGGAAACCCUAGCCAAGCCAAAGCUAAACAAGAAGGACUCUGGGGCUGGACAGUGCUGGCCAUCGCUUCCUUUGGAAAUGGACCCCAGGACCUGUUAUGCCCCCUGCGUGCUGCUGCUGGUGCUGUUGCUGCUGGGCAGUUUCCCCGGCCCACUACGGGGUUUCCCUUUCGGUCCCGAACUCCAGCUGGACGCUACGCCCAGGACCACAGUGCUCUUUGAUGGGCUGCUGGGCUGCAAUCGUUUCCGUGGGUCAGCGCUGAACUACAGCGCCCUGCUCCUGGAGGAGGAGGCCGGGGUGCUGUACGCCGGAGCCAGAGAGGCCAUCUACGCCCUGGACAUCGCCAACAUCUCCGCCCCCCGGGCCAACCACUCGAUCAAGUGGCCUGCAACGGCUGAGCAGAAGAGGCAGUGCCAGAACAAAGGCCGAGACAAUCAGGUGCCUGAUGGCUGUUGCUGCAGCUCCUGUUUAUAUACACCUUGUGUUCCCAUCCGUGGAGGCAUAACAGCACCUCGCAAAUUGUCAGUGGCCGACUGUGAGGGUUUUCUCCUGACGGAGUGCUACAAUCACGUCCGCUUCCUGCAGAGGCUAAACGAGACUCACCUGUACACCUGUGGCACGCAUGCCUUCAGGCCACUUUGCGCAUACCUUGAUGUGGAGCAGUUCCGCCUCUCGCGCACGGAGGAUGGCCGAGACAGGUGUCCCUAUGACCCAGCGAAAGGCUACACAGGCCUCCUCGUGGAUGGCGACAUGUUCUCCGCCUCUCAGUACGAGUUCCGGAACACACCUGACGUCCGACGCAACUUUCCAUUUCCUGUGCUGAGGGCAGAAGAGGCUCCCACCAGAUGGCUUAUGGAGGCUGACUUUGUGGACUCAGCCCUGCUGAGAGAGAGCGUCAACAGCUCCAUCGGGGACGACGACAAGAUCUACUUCUUCUUCACGGAGAAGAACCAGGAGCAGACGGCGUACUCCAGCCAGAGAAGGGUGGCCCGAGUGGCACGAGUGUGCAAGGGGGACAUCGGUGGGCAGCGGACCCUGCAGCGGCGCUGGACAUCCUUCCUGAAGGCCCGGCUGCUGUGCUCCAUCCCGGACUACGAGCUGCAGCUCAACGUGCUACGCAGCGCCGCCCUGCUGGAGGGAGCCCGUGCGCAGGACAGCGUCUUCUACGGCGUCUUUGGACUGGAAUGGAAAAAUGUGAAGGCGUCAGCUGUAUGCCUGUACUCCGUCACUGACAUCCAGAAGGCCUUUGAUGGACCCUUCAUGGAGAACCAGGACUCAAAAUGGAGAGAGUUCACAGGGAAGGUUCCAGAACCAAGGCCUGGUUCGUGUAUAACCAACCAGCACCGGGCUCUGCUCAUUAAUUCGUCACGUGACCUCCCCGACAACGUUCUCACCUUCGUGCGCCGCCACCCUCUCAUGGCCUCCCCAGUGCUGCCGGUCAGAGGGCGCCCUCUGGUGUUCAAGAAGAGCGUCAACUACAGCAAGAUCUCCGUGCUUCCCGUGGCUGCUGCAGACGGGGUUGUUUAUAACAUGCUCUUCAUUUGCACAGAUGAGGGCUGGCUCCACAGGGCAGUAGAGGUCGGAGAUCACGUCCACAUCAUCGAGGAGCUCCAGCUGUUCAGUGAGCCGCAGCAGGUCUACAGCAUGGUGAUCUCUCAAGCGCAGAGGAGUGUGUACCUGAGCUCUCAGUCUGGCCUGGUGCAGGUGCCUUUAGCCACCUGUCAGAAAUACAUAUCAUGUUUCGACUGUGUGUUUGCCCGGGACCCAUUCUGUGGUUGGGAUGGCACGACAUGUGCUGAUGUUUCCCUGCACACAGACAGGUCCAGUCUUGUUCAAGAUGUUGAAGUGGGGAAUAGGGGUUGUCCCAGCAUCUCAGGUGAUGGUUCAACAGUGCACCGUGCCCGAUCCGUGAUGGCGGGGGACGACGUGCUCCUUCAGUGUGAACUCCUCUCCAACCUGGCAACCCCGCUGUGGACGCUGAAUGGCCUGGACCUGCCGAGCCCCGGGCUGGGCUCCAGCUACCGCGUCGGAACCGACGGCCUGCUCCUCAUCGCCGCCCGACCCAAACAGAGCGGCUCGUACCGCUGCUUCUCCCAGGAGAACGGCGUCCGGGUGCCGGUGCGCCGGUACACCGUCCGGAUCCAGGCCCCGGUUCUGCCCUCGCCGGGCCCGGGGGAUUCGACGGAACCGCCCUCGGAGUUCCUCGAUUCCCUUCCGACUCCGUCCGUCGGGCCCUCGGAGCAGCCCGUGUCCUCCCCGCCGGCGCCGCUCCCCCCCGGGCCGGAGUCGCAGGCCUACAGGCACAUGGAGGCGCUGUACGUGUCCCUGGUGGCGGUGCUGGGCGGCCUGUGCCUGGUGCUGACCGUGGUGCUGCUCUACGUCAGCUUCUGCGCCCGGGGGAGGGCGCCGAGCCCCGACAGGAAGUACUCGUCGCAGCAGCAGGGCGGCGUGAUGGCGGCGGCGGCGGCGGCGGCCACCGAGCGCAAGCGGAGCUCCCACCUGGAGCUGAAGACCAUCUCCAGCCACUGCAACGGGCGGGUGUCGCGGCGGGGGACGGCCGCGGGAGGCGAGGACGGCAGCCUGCUGCAGAUCGUGCCCGGCGACGGCCAGCUGGGUUCGCCCGGCGGCGGCGGCAACAACAGCGACCGGACGCCGCCCCCGGCCCCGCCGCUCCCCAUGCCGCCGCCGCUGCCCGCGUCGGACUUCGCCAACGGGCUCUCGGCCACGCUGCCCAGCGUGCUGCGCAAGAUGAACGGGAACAACUACGUGCUGCUGGGGCAGGCGGAGGGCGAGAGCACCUCGCCCCUCUACCACUCCUUCACCGAGGAGCUCAACCGCAUCCUGGAGAAGCGGAAACACACUCAGCUCGACGACGUGCAGACGGAUGAGAGCUCCGUGUAGCCCCCUCCACCCCCCCUCCGCCCCGCUCCUAACCCCUCUCCCACCUCCACCCUACCCCACCCAACUCCACCCUUACCCCUCGUCAGUUUGUGGUGGUCGUGGGUGGACCCGCUGUGCAAUAAGAUCCUUGUUUUGUUUCUGUGAAAACCCCCUCAGUGUAACAACGGAGUAAAACUAUUGAAAUAAUGUACCUCUGUUUAUUGCUCACGCAAGCUGAACUCAACUGAACUGAGCUGAACUGAACUGAACUGAACUGGCCUGAACUGAGCUGGCAUUACGUUUCAAUCACAUAUCGGAUUAACCCCCCGUAAAGGUAGACAAUUUGUUCAUGACGUUAUAUUUAUUUAAUGUAAUUUACCUGAUCUCUGGGGAAGAAUAUUAGCAGUUCCUCAAAACGGCUAAGGCAUUUAUGUAUGAUAGUGGAAGAGGAAAAUGGCCAUAAGCGUUGAAGCCUAAGAUUCUGUCUGUGACAUUGGAUCAUUGGUUUGACUUGAGAGGUCAAAGAUAGGCACUGGACUCGUAUGGACUGAAAAACACUUUGUUUGAUCCUUUGUGGAAUUGUCUUUUGUACAGUAUAAUACAUUCAAAAGUAACCAAGUGUGCAAAUGCAGCCAACAGUAGCAACUUAAUGACACUAUGGUAACAUUACAGCAGGUAAACACAGUGUAAACUACUCCUGUACAGACAUCUAGGUGUUUGACAGGGGUGCUCAGAUGAAGAAAACCACAGUAUUAAAGCCCAGGUUUGGCCCUCUACAUAUACAACUAGACUAAGAUGUCUCUUUGAGUUGACUCUGGCUAAGUACAUCCAGAAAGGGAGAACAGCAGGGGAAAUGGGACCCCCUGAUGAAGAGGAAUCAUCUCAGAUUUGCACCUGAAGGUAAGAAGAACCAGCCACAUUUUUGCCAGGAGACUUUGUCCUCUUACUGAACUCAGUGUGUUCCGUAUUACAAAUACCAGCCAUUUAAUCCAUUUUAAGUACUGAUUAUUUUAAUGUAGAAUUUUAGUUAUUGCACUUCAUUGAUUUCAAUAGAGGACACAGAAUAC